AUGACCAUGAUUGCCCGAAAUUGGCUACAACAGUCCGAAUGGAGCGCCUAUGCCGCAUUCAGAUGGAUCAGCGGAUUCCUGACUUUGGACGCUAAACCAGAGCAGGAUGAUCAGGCCGGUGUGACUGAGGAGGUUGAGAACUCGGAGGAAGGCGACGGGCGAAUUAUCAUAAACGACAACGACUCCGACUUGGAAAUGGUCGCCAAAGCUGAGCAGUGGUGCAAGCAGUCCUUGAAAGUCACCGAAGCGGACUACACAUGGUACAUCCGAUUAGGCGACACAUAUGCUAUCCUGCCUGAGUAUGGCGCUGCGAGCGAGCAGUACAAGAAGGCUGCUACAAUUCUCCGAGCUCAAGACCCCGUCAACAAGGAGCAGCUGCGAGAUGUGUUCAAAGCUCUCGGUGAAUGGGCGACCGACCCAGAACGUGCCUUGGAAUAUCUGAAAGAAGCCUCUAAGCUGGAUGAGGAAAACGUGGAAAUCCUUUAUGCGAUGCUCUAG